AAAACGAGUUAAUAUUAUAAAAAUAUAUUCCUGAUUCUAUAAUAUCCAACUGAUAUUCUCAAAAAAAAAAUGUUUUUACAUUUUAGAGCACAAAAAAACGAUAUUGAAAUUGAUCAAAUUAUAUUUUUCAGUGCAGUCUUAACACCAAAAGAGCACAAGAGAGAGCGAGAGAGAGAGAGGGAGAAAAAGAACGUAGCUGAGCUCAAACGUAGUUAUUUCAAAGUGCAUUCGAAGGUAGAUACAUCCGAAGACUCGAGCGGAUCGUACAAUUUUAAGCUUUUUCGACUUUUAUUUAACAGUACGUAGUCGUACAUUUUUUAGCUCUUAAAAGAACUUUUCUCUAGUUGCGAAAUGAGUGCCCCACCGGCUGGGAACGCGUAUCAGGUCGCGUGGGACGAGGAGAGCACAAUAAAACUGAUACGGGCCUAUCAGAAUCAGACGUUGUUAUGGAACACCGAACAUCGGGCACAUACCCAUCGCCAGGACAGGAUCGAUGCCUGGAUGAGGGUGGCCUCCGCGAUGGACAUGCGGGUGCAGGACAUCAAGCGGAAGAUGAACUCCAUGAUAGCGGUCCACCGAUCGCAGUUGCGGCGCGGAACUUCCUGUCGAAGGUGGUGGGCCGCUCACUUCGCCUUUCUAAUGCCGUCCAACAAAAAUCACUAUGCCGCAGCUGAGGAGAGCGAAAAGACUAGAAAGUGCAAUUUUUCGGAGAACAGUUUUGGAUCGUUUUCCGAUGCGGAAUUGGAGGAUUUGAGCAGUGAUUGCGAGUUCGUGGAGGAGGAUCCCCGUAAAAGACCCUAUCGCUCAGCUUUUCGAGAGUUUCGAGCCGAAUUCGAGCCACCGAAAAAACAGAGAUCAGAGGACCAGGAAAUUAAUCUGGAUUUGAUAGAUGACUCAACCGAGGAUUUGGUUCAAGAGCAAGCCUCCAGUAGUAGUCAUCCCGAGGAGCUGGAAAAAUUUUAUGAAAAUGCGGAGGAGAAUGCCGAAGAGAAGCUAGAGAAAAAGUCGGAGAAUGGGGAGCCAGAUACCACGGAUAGUGUCAGUAAAAACGAUGAUUCAGCCCUCUACAUGAAGUAUGUGGCCUGCAAGCUGGCCAACUAUCCGCCUCGCAUUCGCAGUUCUGUCCAGUUUCAGUUCAAUCGCAUUCUCUACGAGGCCGAUAUGGGCCUCCUUGAUCGAAAUGCUCAAAUGGCACUUGGAAAACCCACAUCAGUAUCACACUAAAAUCGACGUUUGAUGAUCACACAGCCCAGAUAAAUCUUUAUCCUAAACAUUUGAAUUAAUGAAACAAAUUAUAGAAGAAAACAUAUAUACAUGCUUUUCUUAGAAUUUAUUUGCAAAUUGUUCACUUAUGUCCUUCGAUAAUGAAUUAUCACACUAAAAGCAACUCAUAAUAAAUACGUACAUCUAGGCUCUGUAUAUUUAGUUCAUAUGUCAUUUGUCGUUCAAUACAAUGUUACUUGUCUCACGUUGUGAGUUGUUAUUUCUCUGUUGCUGUCUAUAUAUUCCAUUAAAAAGCACUUAUGUAUCCUUAACUCCGCUACAUGUAUGUAUAUACUAAAUAUAUAUAUAUAUAUAAUCUCUAUGAAGUUAAAUCAUUUGGAACAUUCAAAUUAAAAACGAAUGUGGAAAGCCGUGUUUUCCAACUUUGUGACUACAAUUCAUUGAUUGGAAAUCAAGUUAAUAUAGUUAUGUGUAUGUGCUAGAGAGACUGGUCCAUAGAUUAAGAGGUAUUAUUCAGUUGGCAAAUCAUAAAUGGCCCACUUUACAUUUUUUUAUUUUCUGUUCCCCCAUUUCUUCUUUUAAUAUAACGACAUCUUCAUUGAAAUUAAUUGAUUUGUUUUCUUGUUUUACAUGUAUAACUAAUUUUUUAGAGGUUAACGCUUUCAAAAAACUUAAGUGAACUCUUUAAUUGACAAAAUAAAUUGGCUGGUUUUAAGUGUUGGUUCCAUUUAAUAAUAAGUGCUCAAAUCGCAUCAGAUCCAUUAUAUUUGUUUUUAAUAUAAUAUAAGUUAAUUUUAUUUCUGCUUAAAUCAAUUGUUCUUGCCAUACAUCCAUAAGAUUACACUUGUUUUUGGAUUUUAAAGAAUAAAGAAAUUAUAUGUUGGUAAAACAAUGCAAUUAUUUUGUUUAAUAACAUAGGAAGUCGUGGAAUUUUGUUUCUACUGCCUGAAGAUCUAGCAGUGCACAAAAACUCCCCCAUUAAGACCAUUAUAAUGAUUCAGAUCCAUCGGAC